AUAAAUUUCAGCGUUUGAAACGUUCGAUAAUUUGUUCGAUUUAAAUUUCGCGCUAUGUCGUUGCAUGGAAACAGCGUCUUAGUGACCGUUUAUAUUCAGAAUUGAUUUUAACGUGCAGCUCGUAUAACCUGACCAUAUGCUAGAAUUUUGCUUUUUGUAAAGAGAUUUCAUAAAAUUAAAGUCAAUGGAGGAGGAAGAAAAUAUUGCGAGUAAAGAGUCCACUCCACCAGAAAGUGAAGCUCCCGCAGAAAAAGGAGAAGAAGAAGAAAAAGCACAGGUGAAUGUAGAAGUUCUCGAAGCUGCAGAAGCUGUGACAUCUCAGAUUUAUCAAAUACGUCCACAACUACACGAGAAUAGCAAAUACUUUGAAUACAGGUUUAAACCUUUAAGCGCUAAAGAAGUUAUACAUAAUGUAUUAUUCGAUCAGCUUUCUACAAAGACUUAUGACGCUGAAGAAGCUGUUCAGUGGACUAAGGAUAUAGCAGAUCUAAUUAGAGAAAAAGUUAAAGAACUAAGUUUCAAACGUUACAAAUAUAUUGUAAAUGUGGUUUUGGGUGAGAAGCAUGGUGCUGGGGUAAAAAUGGGUACAAGAUGUAUUUGGGAUGCAGAGGCAGAUUCAUACGCGUAUGAUAGCUUUAUAAAUGAUACAAUAUUCUGUGUCGCUACUGUGUAUGCUGUAUAUUUUUAUUAAAAAUGAAAAGUGGUGUCAUAUCUUCAAAUUUAUUACAAUAAAGUACACUAUGUAUUAAUGAAAGUAUUAUUUGAGAAUAUGCCGAUGUAGGGGAAGUAAAUAUGAUCUCAUAGAAGGAGCAGACACUUUAUUAACAUAAAAAUUAUUAUUCAUCAACACACAUUUGAUAUAUUGACAUGGCACAAUUUUUACACAUAUUUAAACAUAUUAUUUUUAUCUAUGUAUUUCAUAAUACAUGAGCUCAUGAUUGUAAUGAGUCUGUAUUAUAUUUAUACUUCUUGUGUAUCAUUAACAUUAUUAUAGCACCAUAAUUCACGGUAUUAUUCUAUAGUUACAAAAAGUUUUUAAUCGUGAGUAAAGGCACCUACUAUCAUGGCUAUGACUUUUAUUUAUAUUUGUUUAUAUUACGAUUGACUUAAAUUAUUAAAAAUGUGUUG